UCUGCGCGGGCAGCCCCGGCGGCGCUCGGCCCUUCCCGGCAGCCGCAGCCCGGGCCGUGCGCUGGGGGUCGGCGGGAGCCCGGGCGGGCCCCGGAGCGCGGCGCGGGGGUUCGCUCCCGCCGGGAACGCUGGAGUCCCCGGGCUUGGAGCCGGACCGCGGGACUGUCCCACACCCGCUGUGUGCGAGGGGUCGGUGCCCGCCAUCUGCGACCCGCCCGCUUCCCGCUGCCUGUCGGCAGGCCCCGGGCGGCAGGGGAGGCCCGGCGGCGGAGGGGCGCGCCGUGUGCGACCGUGGCCGGCCCAGCCACUGGCAGGGCUGUCGGGGGUAAAUCGUCGGUGGCUUCUAGAGUUAGCGUUUGAAAAUUCUAAUAACUGGGUUCAUUUCCAGGUGUUCCACUUUCUAAGGCUGUUUCCCCCCUGUUUGAAUAUAAAUGAGCAUCGUUUUGAAGAAUGUCUGGAAGUUUCUACUUUGUGAUAGUCGGGCAUCACGACAAUCCCAUAUUUGAAAUGGAAUUUCUGCCUCCUGGAAAAGUAGAGUCCAAGGAUGAUCAUCGCCAUCUCAACCAGUUCAUUGCCCAUGCUGCUCUUGACCUAGUAGAUGAGAACAUGUGGCUUUCUAACAACAUGUAUCUGAAGACUGUGGACAAGUUUAACGAAUGGUUUGUUUCUGCCUUUGUCACAGCUGGACAUAUGAGAUUUAUAAUGCUUCAUGAUGUAAGGCAAGAAGAUGGAAUUAAGAACUUCUUUAAUGAUGUAUAUGACCUGUAUAUAAAGUUUGCAAUGAAUCCAUUUUAUGAACUCAAUUCUCCUAUUCGAUCCAGUGCCUUUGAAAGGAAAGUACAGUUCCUUGGGAAGAAACACCUUUUAAGCUGAAUAAAUAAAUUCCUGAGUGAGUGCUUCUUCCAUACUUUCCUGAUCAUUUGAACUGUAGUCCUUCUGGUUAGUUCUCAGCAUGUUUGAUACUCAUCUUCUGAAGACUGUCAAAUUGGAUGCUGAGGCAGCUUUUUUUUUUUUUUUCCUGAUACAGAUAAGAACAGCCAAGCUUCUCUGGUUAAAACGUGUAUCUGAAGAAGUUUCCUUUUAUGUGCUAUGAAAACUAAGUUUAAAAAUCAGGGCCUAAAUAGGUACAAACCAAGACAUGUGGGUGUCAAUGCAUAUGCAGAACGUGAACCUCAUACAGGGUGGGAGGAAAUUGGAUCUAAAGGCAAAAGACAUCUCCGGUCAUGUGAUUUAAUGUGAGCACAAGGGAGUUCUUGACUGUUUGGCCUAAGUGGUAAUUUUGUUAUUUCUGCUUAAGUGUCCUCUGCUAGAAGUUGCUCUGCAGACUAGCUAGGCUAAACUUACUCUUCGUAGUAUUAAAUCAGGUCUAUAUAUAUAUAUAUUUUGUAAUGUGUGUAUUACGAACUGUUCAAUAAAAAGAAAAGCGGAUGUAUCAGCAGAGCUCUGUCUUCAGUAUUUCAAGAAGUUUUGAGAAAAAACCUUCAUGUUUUAAAGCUUAACAUUUCAAAUUUACCAGAUGUUUAGUGCAAUGUGUUCAGCUGCAGUCACAUCAAUUAAAUCAAUGUAGACCAGAACAGCUGUGUCUGCCCUGACUUUAAUUCUAAUUCACAGAGAAAACCAACCCCCAAACACCUAAAUGUACACGUUUAAACCUACUUCUUUCCGUUAUCUCUGUAAAUGCUGAAAUUUUCUUUCUGAAAGUAUAUUUAGGGUAGGAUCUUUGAACCAUGAAACUCUAGUUGUUGAGGUUUCAGAAAGGCAUUAUUUGGCCUGUCUGGCUAUUCCAUUGUAAAAUGUGGUUAGGGACACUUUUGUAAAACUUACUAUUCCAACAUAGUAAUUUUUAAAUGGGUCAUUGGGCAUAUAUGUACCUAACAUUUUGGUUGGCUUCGCAACCUUUUAAGUAAUCUGUAUAAGCUAUCUUCUUGGACAUAUUUUUUUUUGAUACCUGAAAAGCAGUUUCCAAAGGAAGUGGCAUGCUGUUCUAGGAAGUACAUUUUGUAUAGUCUGUAUAAUUAAAGGGACCACGCAUAUGUGUUUUAAAUGUAUAGUCAGUCAUUAUUUCUUUGUAAUUUGCACUUACUGCUAAACUGUCACUGUAAAAUAUUUAAAGAGGAGAAGGACGUUAUAUGAAGGUUGCAAUAUUUACCUUAAAUAAAACAUGGAAUGAUGCAUAUGGA